AUGGUCGGUGGGAAAGUAUUAGUAAUAUCUAAUAGAUUACCCGUUACUAUUAAGAGAUCUGAUGAUAGUUCUUAUAAUUAUUCAAUGUCUUCUGGUGGUUUAGUUACAGCCCUUCAGGGUUUAAAAAAAUCAACUGAAUUUCAAUGGUAUGGUUGGCCUGGUUUAGAAAUACCUUCAAAUGAGCAAGAUAAAGUUAAUAAAGAUUUACUUGAAAAAUUCAAUUGUUAUGCUGUGUUUUUAAAUGAUACAAUUGCUGAUUUACAUUAUAAUGGUUUUUCAAAUUCCAUAUUAUGGCCUUUAUUUCAUUAUCAUCCUGGUGAAAUGAAUUUUGAUGAAAAUGCUUGGGCUGCUUACAUUGAAGCAAAUAAAAAAUUUGCAAUUGAAAUUUCAAAACAAGUUAAUGAUAAUGAUAUGAUUUGGGUUCAUGAUUAUCAUUUAAUGUUAUUACCUGAAAUGUUAAGAAGAGAAAUUGGUCACUCCAAAACAAACAUUAGAAUUGGUUUCUUCUUACAUACUCCCUUUCCCUCAUCAGAAAUUUAUAGAAUUUUACCAGUUAGAAGAGAAAUUUUAGAAGGUGUAUUAAGUUGUGAUUUAAUUGGUUUUCAUACUUAUGAUUAUGCAAGACAUUUUAUAAGUUCAGUUUCAAGAAUUGUUCCCAAUGUAAGUACUUUACCAAAUGGUAUUAAAUUUCAUAAUCGACAAAUUAAUAUUGGUGCUUUCCCAAUUGGUAUUGAUGUUGAUAAUUUUAUUGAUGGUUUAAAAAAUGAUCAAGUUCAACAAAGAAUUAAACAAUUGGAAAAUAAGUUUAAGGAUGUUAAAGUUAUAGUUGGUGUUGAUAGAUUAGAUUAUAUAAAAGGUGUUCCACAAAAAUUGCAUGCGUUUGACAUUUUUUUACAAGAAAAUCCCGAAUGGAUAGGUAAAGUUGUUUUAGUUCAAGUUGCAGUUCCAUCAAGAGGUGAUGUUGAAGAAUAUAAAUCAUUAAGAGCAACAGUUAAUGAAAUGGUUGGUCGAAUAAAUGGUGCUUAUGGUACUGUUGAAUUUGUUCCUAUUCAUUAUUUACAUAAAUCAAUUCCAUUUAAUGAAUUAAUUGCUUUAUAUGCAAUUAGUGAUGUUUGUUUAGUUACUUCAACAAGAGAUGGUAUGAAUUUAGUUUCUUAUGAGUAUAUUGCAACUCAACAACAAAAAAAAGGGUCCCUAAUUUUAUCUGAAUUUGCUGGAGCUGCUCAAUCUUUAAAUGGUGCAAUAAUUGUAAAUCCAUGGAAUGUUGAAGAAUUAACUGAUGCCUUAAAAGAAAGUUUAACAUUACCUGAUGAAAAAAAGGAAACAAAUUUUAAAAAAUUAUUUAAUUAUAUCUCAAAAUAUACUUCUGGUUAUUGGGGUGAAAGUUUUGUUAAAGAAUUAUAUAAAUGUAAUGCAGAAAAGGAAUUAAAAUAG